AUGUUGCGGGUCCUCGUUGAGAAAGCCGUAAACCUAAAGAAUGUGGAGCUGAUCGGAAAAAGCGAUCCAUAUUGCAGGCUUGAGUUUAAGGGUGAAAAGAAAAAGACUAAACACAUCAACGACAAUCUUAAUCCUGAAUGGAAUGAGAGCAUCGAAUUUGAUUUGAAAGGGGAGGCACUUACUCCGAACGACACACUUGAGGUUAAGGUUUUCGAUCACGACGAUGUUUCGGUCGACAAGUUUAUGGGCAAAGUGUCUGUGCCAUUGGGUUCCUUCAGCGGUGGAGAGAAGGAGAAAAAGGAAUCCUUGACACUAAAUGACAAAAACAAUCAGCCAACACAACAAAGCAUCCAGCUCACCAUUACCUACGAACCACCAGCUCAAGGAGGUGCUACUGGAAGCGGUGGAGCUGCCGGUGAGAGCAUCGGUGGUGGUGGCGGUGACGGUGUCGGUAGUGGCGAGGGCUCUGCGGUUCAAGGUGGUACCGUAGGAGAAAAGAAGGGUGACGUCUCUGACCUCCUUCCUGCUAUCGACAAAUCCUAUUCCACGAAAGUUCAGGACUUCCAGCGGGACCUACUCAAUCAAAUCACUUCAACUCAAUAUCGCGCAGUUAUGCCAAUAGGAGCGUUGGAUGUGUUUCACGUAGUUCCCGUCAUCGUGCCAAGUAUUCCAUAUGUUCUUGAUCUGUGA